CUGCCGCGUCGAUUUAAUUUUUAACAACAUGGCGGAGCAAGAAAUGGAGACUGACAUGUUCGGCAAUGCAUCUCUAUUUGAUGAAUUUUUCGAAGAACCGGUGUCGAAACAAGAAGUUGAACAAAGCGAAGGGCAGGAGGAUGAAACAUCCUGUCAGAUGAAAGAGAAAAUUGAGGAACUUCAACGAGAAAAUGAAGAGCUAAGACGACAAGUUCGCAUGCUCAUCCAACCAGGGUGUCUUGAGAGUUGUACAACUGAGAGUGCUGGUCCAGUAGCACAGGUUCUUUACUUCGAUCAUGAUGCUGUCUGUAUACAUCGACAAAAAGUUGAAGAUUUCUUUGAGGAGCUGUCAUCUUUGAAAGAUGAAGAUUUGGAGAUCUCGGAGCAAGCAAGGCCCAAACCUCAGAAGAUGCUGACAGCUGCGUGUGUUUGA